UCGUGAGAACAAAAAUGGCCCCCAAGUUGUUUGUUAUUGGAUGAGUGCUGUGCGCCCAAUUAUUGGUAAACACUGGGCACUAUUUAAAACAUUUGAGAUGAAUUUACAUAAAACGUCCACACCGUAAAUGGCACCACGAAUGUACGAGAAAUAUGAAGAGAAAAUUGAACGUUUUGGAACUGAGGCGGCUGAAGGAAAGUAGUGGCCAGCAGCAUCAAAUCAAGCCCGAUGAGUCGCCCACCAAGAAGCGUGCAUUUGGGGCGAGUUCAAAGCGCCCGAAAUCGGUGUGCAAAAAUUUGGGUGGCUAUGCGCGACCGGAGGAUCCCAGGGAGAACCAGAAUCUUAGCGCGGAGGAAAUCGCGUUAAUGUUCAUGGAGGUGUCGGAAAACAUCAAUCGCUGUUUCGAUUUUGAUCUGCAAAAGUGGUUGAGUCGGUACGAGGCUCUUCGGGGGAAGGAUGUGAACUUUCCCGAGGUGGCGAUGAUAAUUAUGAGUGCAGCGCAGAUUUACGGACGAAAGGUGGACUAUUUGGAGGAUAUUGUUUUACACAUGGAACAGGAUCAGAAGGGACGUGACGAAAGCAAUGAAAAGGGAGACAAACCGAACGUAACAACGGGUAGGAAGCGUGCCACUCGGUUCCAACCGCAGUCGCUGUCGGAUUGUUUCAGCGAUUUGGAGUUUACAGUCAUCGAUGAGAAGACGGUUCCCGUCGACAACCUUGUCAGCAGGGUGGAAGGGGUGGAUGUCGAUCGAAGGAACAAAUUUCAGCAGAUGCAAGAGUUGUGCAAUGAGCUGAGAAUGAUGCCCACAAAGCAGCGGCGCCAAGAAAUUCUGAACCGCCUAAGGGACGAAGCAAACAUUCCUCCAAUUAUGUCGAGCCAUACGGCGGCCAGGAAGAAUCAGAUUUUGGAUUUGGAAUCGGGCGAAACCAUUGGCACUCGGUACGACUAUCAGAUCCAUGUGAACUUCAUCGAUGUUAGGACCGGAACGCUGGUCCCGGAGCAUGAUCUGAAGAGGUUUUUCCAGCGUUGUGACGUGAUUGAUUAUCUCUUUGAACAACAACAGUGUGACCGGCUGGUCAGUGAGAGAGAUACGUGUCCGAUUUUACCGCUCAAGCCACGCGAGUUCAAGAUGUAUUUGCCACCGGAUUAUCUCAAAAAUAAAUAUCGCAUUCAAAUGAAUGACACUUCCGAUUUUGAUAACGAACUGUAUCAAGCCAGAAGCAGCAAUUAUCAGGAGGACCCCAUGCUGAAGCUGAUGGGGAGCAAACAUUCGAGCCGAGACAAAGAUCAUCAAAGGCCAAUUGAAGCUGAAAAAGAUGUGGACGCGUUGGAAACCAGCGCCUGUACCGAAGAGGCUUCAUUUGAAAAUGUAUCAUCUUCAUCUGUCAUCGAGCGUAGCAUUGAUGAUUCCAUGAAUAUGUCAGCAUUGCUGGAUUCUAGCCAGGAAGUGAUGAAUUCAAGUCAGGAAACUUCCACUCUCGAUUCUAGCCAGAGGACGCAUCCAACUGAACUUGAUUCGGAGAAUGUUCCCUCCGAAGACACCACCCGUUGUGCGUCAAAAGAGCAAUCCCCCGAACCGGAGCUGAUGGCGCUCGAGAAUCAACCCGAAGGUGCUUCUUCCGGUUGCGGUUCGGAACCCUCGCAAUCGCUGUGUCAAUCCCGACUCAGCAUGGAAGACGAAGGAAUCGGAGCGGAUCGGGAUUCUACGGCGGAUGCCACAUCACCGUUGAGCUUCGCGCGAACGCCUUCGAUGGACAAGCUGAGCGAUUGUAUCGAAUCGCUGCCAAAAACACCCGAACCGGGUGGGCAGUUCUUCGGGGGUGGUACAGUGAUAGGCGCAACUGUUGUGGGAGGAUCACUGAGGACGAUUUCGUUGAAGCCGGCGUUGUUGAAUUUGAACGUCUUAAAAAUUCCCGAAUGUCACUUGCGGAAGCAUCUGCUUUUCACACUGCCAGUGGAGUACAAAAGAAGGAAGAUGGAUCUGGUGAGGAGGACUAGCGAUAGAAACAAGGAUAUGCUUUCCUUGACUCUGUUCAGCUUACAUCCACGGACGUGGAAGAGUUCGGAGUGGCAGAAGAGGCCAACGACGCCUGAACCUGAGGAUUUUUACGGUUUCGACGAAUACGCGGAAAUUUUAAACGGACCCUACGGAAAGUGCUUGUAUAGCUUGGCACCGAUUAGCGAAGGUCGCUGUUCUAGUUUCUCUCGGGCUUCUUCGCCGGAAAGUGACUUUUUUGGCUUCGAUAGCGAUACUCUGUGUCAGGCAAUUCCCUCCUGCGGAACAAAUCAGAAUAAAAUCGCCAACGAGGAUACCGGAACGACGGAAGAUUGCAGCGGGUCCGACAAUGCGAAGUCCCCUGAGCAAGGUUUGGAACCGGUACCUCCUCCCCUGCAAUGCGAACCAACCUCACAGCAAUCGACUCCGACGCGUACAUUGUCCCGAGAUUCUGGGAUCUCUGACGAUCAAACCGAACGGCGCGAGAGUCGCUCGAAGGAAAAUACACCGGAACCAUUCAGUGCAGCUCCGGAGGCUACCGCCACUGCACUGAAUGAUAAACAAAUAAUGGGUAGCAAUAACAAAACCGUAUCUCCUGGCAGCGCAAAGUACAUCCAAAGCGUAACGGAAGCGAAAGAACUCAUUGAAAAGGUGAACAACUGGCAUCGCAAACUAAAACCGAUACUGAUUCAAUCGGAGAAGCGGAAUCAUUUCGAUAUUCACGCAUACGGGACGGAAAUUAUCGAUUCGUUUGGGAUGACGACGACGACGGAGGGGUCUCUGCUGUCGGCGCCAGUGAUUAGCUUCGCACAGAUUAUGGGCAAUAAACAGCAGGAUUAUACGGCUCGGUAUUUCCUAUCGAUGCUAAUGUUGGCCAACACGAACAAUGUUCAGAUAUUGGCAAGGAACCAGGAUUCAAAUCAACUUAGCGAGACAAACGAUAUCGAGUUGCGGUUGUUGAGCAGAAAGCGUCACCACCAGGAGAUGGAGAGUAUGGGAGAGAAGAUACCGUGCGAUAAUACGCUUCCGGGUGAUGGAGGCAAAACAAAAUCGGUACGUGCCAAGAAAAGAAAGAGACUAGAAGAGGACGAUGUUGGGAUGGAACGCGGAGCACCAAAAGAGAUGGACGGCGUUCAACGACUUCAAGAAGACGAUGAGCCGAAUCAUGACUUCCUGGAUAAAAUUGGAACAUUAUAUCCCGAUAUCAACAGCGAAGAAACGGUGAGAAAGCGGAUAGCCUUCAGUCGGGGUAUGCGCCGUUACGCGUAUGGAUUUUUGCCGGACGUACGAAGUGUUGAGGUUCAAGUUGCAGUAGGAGAGCCGCCACCGGCGGAACCAGACCCACAUCCGCCACCAAAACCCGCAGAAAAAGAUAUGGAUGAAAUACUUUCAGUGGAUCUUCUGACGAACGAAGCUGUGCUGGUUCCAAUCAAUGUGGACCCGGAUCCCUGCUGCUCCAAGAGUGUAUACUCCGUAGCUGAAUCCGGUUAUGAUUCAAUGCUUGGAGUAACUGAUUGCUAGUAUUAGGAAGACGCAUUCGAAUGCAUCUUAUAGCGUUGACACUUUUUUUUUUGUAUAUAAUUCCUCCUAGCUAUGUUGUGAGGGUAGCGAAUUUCACGAACGUUUAGAAUUUAGGUUCACAAACCUAGGAUUAGGCCAAAACUUUCACUAUUAGUUACUUUAUCCACUUUUUCCUCCCAGUACAAACAACAUAUAUGCAUCUUAAUUUUUUGGGUUACAACGCCCUGACCAGUGAAUUUAGUUUUAGAUGACGUUUUUGCUUUUGAAAAAAAGUCUACUCUUGACUCGAAUUUAAUUUCUUUAUUUAUAUUUAGGCAGAUUUUUUGCUGCUUCUCAUAUUAUUCCUUACUGACACAUAGUGCACAUUUGCCCUGCAUUUCAAGUUUUAUUUUUCGAACAAGAACAAUUGUUAAUAAUUUAAGUAUAAUUGGACCAUGGAAAUGACAACAUUCUUUGUAAUAGCUGAAUUAUUUGCGAAUUAAGAUAAAAUUUCUACGCAUUGUUUACGUAUUCUUGCAUCCAGUGAAGAAUUUAGAUGUACUGUUUACUUUUCUUUUCUAAAGUAACUGUAUAUAGUGUAGAGAAAAAAUUGUCGAGUAAAACAAUUGGACUAACAGAUGGAAAAUUUAUUGUAACAUACUUA